GCUGAUGACGUCUACGAGUAUCACGCAUGCGCGUAGUACACCGAAGGCCUUGAAAAUUUCUGGUGCAGGUUCCAAAUGACAAGAAAUUUCUCUACGGGAAUCUAAAAUGCACCACGCCAGUUUUGCUGUCUCUGUCCAGAUAUUUAGGAAGUGGAGCAAGGGAUUCACUCGAUCAUCCUUCCUGCUCAGGCUGUGGGGAGGAUUUCACUCUAUCAUCUGACCGACUGGCACGCCUGUCAUUUUAAACAGGUGAUUCCCAUUCAUCUGCUCAGACGGUAUGAAUGGAUUCAGAUAUUUCAGCUAAAGGGACAUCAGCAAGUUCACACUGGGACAAUGCCAUUCACCUGAUCUCUGUGUGAGAAGGGAUUCAGUAGGUGUUCCCUCCUGUGAACAAACCUGUCAAUUCACACUGGGGCAGAGGCCUUUCACCCGCUCAGACUGUGUGAAGGGAUUCACUAAGUCAUCCACCCUAAUGGCUCACCAACGAGUUCACACUGGGGAGAGGCCGUUCACCUGCUCAGACUGUGGGAAAGGCUUCAGCUGCUCAUCUAAACUGAAGGUACAUCAGAGAAUUCACACUGGGGAGCGGCCAUUCACCUGCUCAGACUGUGGGAAGGGAUUCACUCAGUCAUCUGAACUGAAGGUACAUCAGAGAGUUCACACUGGGGAGCGGCCGUUCACCUGCUCAGACUGUGGGAAGGGUUUCACUCAGUCAUCUAAAUUGAAGGUACAUCAGCAAGUGCACACUGGGGAGAGGCCAUUCCCCUGCUCAGACUGUGGGAAGAGAUUCACUCAGUCAGCCCACCUACGAGCACACAGGUCAGUUCACACUGGGGAGAGGCUGUUUACCUGUUCAUACUGUGGGAAGGGAUUCAUUUUGUCGACUCAGCUACUGAGACACCAGUCAGCUCACACUGGGGAGAAGCCAUACACCUGCUCAGUGUGUGGGAAGGGAUUCACUCGGUCAUCCGCCCUAAUGGCUCACCAGCGGGUUCACACCGGUGAGCGGCCGUUCACCUGCUCGGACUGUGGGAAGGGAUUCACUCAGUCAUCUCACCUACAAGCACACAGGUCAGUUCACACGGGGGAGCGGCCAUUUACCUGCCCGUACUGUGGGGAGGGUUUCACUUUGUCAUCUCAGCUACUGAGACACCAGUCAGUACACACUGGGGAGUGGUCGUUCACCUGUUCAGACUGUGGGAAGGGAUUCACUCAGUCAUCUCAACUGAAGGUACAUCAAAGAGUUCACACUGGGGAGCGGCCGUUCAGCUGCUCAGACUGUGGGAAGGGAUUCACUUGCUCAUCUAAACUGAAGGUACAUCAACGAGUUCACACUGGAGAGAGGCCGUUCAUCUGCUCAGACUGUGGGAAGGGAUUCACUCGCUCAUCUGAACUGAAGCUACAUCAGCGAGUUCACACUGGGGAGAGGCCGUUCACAUGCUCAGUCUGUGGGAAGCGAUUCACUCGGUCAUUUCAUCUGAAGGUACACCAGCGAGUUCACACUGGGGAGAGGCCGUUCACCUGCUCAGACUGUGGGAAGGGAUUCUCUUGCUCAUCUCAACUGAAGGUACAUCAGCGAGUUCACACUGGAGAGAGGCUGUUCAGUUGCUCAGACUGUGGGAAGGGAUUCACACCGUCAUCCCACCUACAAGCACACCGGUCGGUACACUCUGGGGAGAAGCCAUUCACCUGCUCAAGCCUGAAUUAUACCUCUGAGUAGGCACUAUGGUGUAGCAUAUGCAGUAGCCCAUGCAUGUUGUCUGCACAGUUGUGAGCAUUUCUACUUGUGUGUUUGUGUGCCUGCGUUGCUCUGCCAAAACGCUAGUUGGUGUUGGGGUGCUAUUCCGCUGUGUUGAAUUGACUCGAGUGGAGUUGGGCACGAUGGCAACUGCUGAGUUCAUCUUGUUGGAGUUGGAGCUAAUGGAUGUUGAACAAGAGUUACUUUUAUUGAAAUUACUGCAGCGCAGAAAGAGAGAAGUUUUUCCAUUUCUUUGUGCAGUCCAUGACGUCCAAGCCGGUCUUGUGGAAAUUUCUUUCCACAAAUUUGAUGCCAUUUUCAAGUCUUUAUUGUGUGCCGGUGAAGAGUCGUGCAAAUGUACAUAUUUUCUGACUUCCUCACUUACCCUCUCCUCAAUUUGUUCCAUUUUCCAACUUUGAAACAACAGGAUAUGCGUAGGAGGAAACUGGCUGCUGCCAAGUAGAUCAAUCACAGUUCUUGCUGUCUGUGUCACCACAAUGCAUAGUUACAGUUUUGGGAAUGUGCACGUUAGGCUACAUUAGGCAAAAGACUCUCUUGGAGGCGCUACAUGGAGUCGCUUUCCGG